GCAUCUGAAUGAAUUCAAAAAAUUCCAAAACAUUGCAUAAAUUUAGAUACUUCACUACACGCCACGCAUUCUACACUACUAUAAAGCUACAACUACAUCUACUUCUACAAUUAAACAUUUGUGUUCUUAAUCUGUUAUCUAGUUAUAGCCCCAGUUUUCUCCUUCAUUCCUACUUCCUUCCUCCACCCAGCACCCUCACCCAGACGUAUCACCGAAAAUAUAAAACGGCUCUUUUUUUCGAAACACUCGUCUGGGCUAAAUAUAAGUAAACAGAGUUCUUACGAUACGCCAUCCGUCUUUGACACGACCUCCCGUAAUUCGGGGCAGCAUGGGCGGUCACCAGCCCUGUUUAUCUUGUCUUUUUGUAGACAGCCUGUACUUUGUAGAACCCCCUUGCCUGGGAAAAGUCAUCAACAACCCACUCAACCUCGUUACAAUCCCACUCUCACGCCUUCUUUAAAAACGGUCGGAGUUUCCGCUUUGUUCUGACUUUUUCUUCUAUUGUUGUUGGACCUCUC